CGUAGAGAGAGAGAGAGUGGGGGGAUAGAGAUAGAGAGAGAAAGAGUUGCUUGUUGAAAGAUAUAUUAAAACUAUAUAGUCUAUAUAAAUUUAUAAAGAUUAUUAUAUGAUGAAAGGGGAAUAUGUAGAAGAAAUGAAAGAUCACUCCAACACUAUGUUUGCUAAGCUCCAUCAAACCCAGAAGUUUCACCACCACCACCACCCUUAUCACCAACCUCCGCCCCCGCCGCCGCAGCCUCAAGCUCAGCCCACCUUCCACCACCCCUUCCAGGUCGCCGCCGCCGCCCGGGAAUGCCAAACUUCCGAGGAUACCGACAGUCGCAGCCCCAACACUCCAUCCACCACAGGGAAGCAACCCAUCACCCCGCAACCAAUCUCCGCGGUGGUGGGGGCGCGAACGCCUUCCUCCGGCAACGACGGCGCCACCAUUGAAGUGGUUCGGCGCCCGCGCGGGCGGCCGCCGGGGUCGAAGAAUAAGCCGAGGCCGCCGGUGGUCAUAACCCGCGACGCCGAGCCGGGCAUGAGCCCUUACAUUCUUGAACUCCCCGGCGGGGUUGAUAUAAUCGACUCCACCACCCGGUUCUGCCGGAAGCGAAAUAUGGGGCUCUGUAUACUCAACGGGUCGGGCACCGUUUCGAACGUGACGCUCCGACAGCCCUCCACGACGCCCGGGGCCACCGUUACUUUCCACGGCCGCUUCGAUAUUCUCUCGAUCUCAGCCACCCUGGUGGGCCCCAAUGCCACCUUUCCGUCUCUGGGUUCGAUCCUCAUGACCAACGGAAUCGCCAACGGUUUCACCAUAUCAUUAGCCGGGCCGCAGGGCCAGGUGGUGGGCGGCGCCGUCGCCGGACCCUUACUCUCCGCCGGGACAGUAUACUUAAUCGCAGCCACCUUCACCAACCCUUCCUAUCACAGACUCCCGGCGGCGGCGGAGGAAGACGGGAAGGGCUCGGGCGGCGGGAAUGACGGCCCCGACCUACAGCACUCGCCGCCGCACACGGACGUCUCGGGCGGCGGCGACAGCGGCGCCGCCGAUUCGUGCGGGAUUUCGAUGUAUAAUAGUUGCCAUAUGCCUCCUGAUGUGAUUUGGGCUCCCACCGCCAGACAGCCACCGCCACCUUACUAGAUGGAAUUUCAUUGACUA